CAGUGCGUGACAGUGCAGCGGAUUCCAAAGCUGCUUCGAGAACGGUGAACGGACUGGAGUGCGCGCGGUUAGGUUGCUUAUCGUAUAAGGGCGACCAAAGCGAAAUAAGGUGACAUCACGGUGGGGUUAACGGGGUUGCACGAUGCCCCCCAUAAUCGGGGAAACCUUUCGCGUAUGGUUUCUAUCCGCACUGGUUGUUCACGGUGCCGUAGCUGGAAAUCCGGACGCAAAGCGCCUCUACGACGACUUGCUAUCCAACUACAAUAAGCUUGUACGACCGGUGGUGAAUACCUCGGAUGUUCUUCGCGUGUGCAUUAAGCUCAAGCUUUCGCAACUCAUCGACGUGAACCUCAAAAACCAAAUAAUGACGACGAACCUCUGGGUUGAACAGUCUUGGUACGACUACAAACUGCGGUGGGAGCCGAAAGAGUAUGGAGGAGUACACAUGUUACACGUACCCUCCGAUCACAUAUGGCGACCUGACAUAGUUCUCUACAAUAACGCGGACGGAAACUUCGAGGUGACCUUGGCCACGAAGGCCACCAUCUACCACGAAGGACUGGUCGAGUGGAAGCCGCCCGCCAUUUAUAAGUCAUCCUGUGAAAUUGAUGUGGAGUACUUCCCCUUCGAUGAGCAAACAUGUGUCCUGAAGUUCGGUUCGUGGACCUAUGAUGGCUUCAAGGUGGACCUGAGACACAUGGACGAAAAAUCUGGAAGUAACGUUGUGGAUGUUGGUGUCGAUUUAUCAGAGUUCUAUAUGUCAGUUGAGUGGGAUAUACUCGAAGUACCAGCAGUAAGAAAUGAAAAAUUUUACACAUGUUGCGACGAGCCUUAUUUGGAUAUUACAUUCAACAUCACUAUGAGAAGGAAAACGCUGUUCUACACCGUUAACAUCAUCAUUCCUUGCAUGGGAAUUUCAUUUCUCACUGUGCUAACAUUUUACCUUCCAAGUGAUAGUGGUGAAAAAGUGACACUAUCUAUUUCUAUUCUUAUUAGUCUUCACGUGUUCUUUCUUCUAGUCGUCGAAAUUAUUCCUCCUACUUCCUUGGUGGUGCCGCUUCUUGGAAAGUACUUAAUAUUUGCUAUGAUCCUCGUUUCCAUAAGCAUCUGCGUCACUGUAGUGGUACUUAACGUUCAUUUUCGCUCACCACAAACUCAUAAAAUGGCACCAUGGGUGAAAAGAGUUUUUAUUCAUAUUUUACCCAGGCUAUUAGUGAUGCGGAGACCUCAAUAUAAAUUCGAUACGAAUCGUUAUUCGUCGGGUCGAGUUCUUAUGAGAACCGUAAGAGGAAAAGAAAAGACUUGCUACUACCCAUACCAUCCUGGAACUCAUGAAGAAAGUGAAGAGCAUCUUACGCCUGGAAGAUUCCACAGUCGUCCUGUUUCGAAAGAAGAUUUGACUUCUUCGAGCCUUGCUGAUGGUGCUCGAUUCGGAGGAAGCUGUCAGAUUCAUGGACCACCUUUACCACCACUUCCACUUCAUGCUGAAUGUGAAGAUCUCUCGAUUGCUGCAGAACCAGCCAUCGAGGAGUUUAAAAACCCUGCGCUUCGAAGUACUCCUACAUUUUCACAUUCCAGAUGUCCACCGGAAAUCCACAGAUCCUGCAUUUGUGUUAGGUUUAUAGCGGAACACACAAAAAUGCUAGAGGACUCUACAAAGGUUAAAGAAGAUUGGAAAUAUGUAGCCAUGGUCCUUGACAGACUAUUUUUGUGGAUUUUUACAUUGGCAGUUUUAGUUGGAACGGCAGGUAUCAUCUUACAAGCUCCAACUCUCUAUGAUGACAGAGUUCCUAUUGAUAAGAAGUUUAGUGAAUUUGCAACAACAACAGUCGUCAGAUGUCCUCCACAGCAGUAGUCUGUGCAACUACUGACCCAGCACCAUAAAAUAAGAAAUUAAACUACAAAUACGUUACAUUACUCGUGUCUGUUUAUUAUUUUCAUUUUCGCUGUAAUUAUUUAGAAAUAAUAGCUACAGGACUCGCCUAAUCAAAUAAUAGUUAAUAUAUUAACGUCAAUAAUAUUAUUAUACAGUAUUAACUUUAUAAUAAUAUUUUUGAUUAAAUUUGAAAAAUGAUUAUAAACAACUCAAAAUUAUAAGUUAUAAAUUCGUUCAAAAAUUACAGACAGUUAAAUUCUUCCAUAAUGAAUUUUCUCUUAAUGUGAAUGUGUAAAAACUGAGACAUUAAUUUAGAAAUUAAUUAAAUUUUCUACUACUUUUUAUAAAUUUUUUCAAAACGCUAAAAAUUAUUAUUCAAAGUAACAAAUAAAAUCAUUUGUGUUUGGCCUCCCACAUAACCAU